AAUUUCUGAGCACAGGAAAAGAGUUCACUAUCAUGGCUUGGUCAGCUGUGGCAUCUGCAGUGACAACAAUCGGCAAGCUGCUAACCGACGAAGCAGUCUACCUAUGGGGCGUGGAAAAGCAAGUCGAUCGUUUGCAAACUAAGCUCAAGUGGAUGCAAAGCUUAUUGCUGGAGGCCGAUGUUAAACAGCAUGACGACGAGAGGAUUCGUCUUUUGGUUGCUGAAAUCAGAGAGCUUGCCUAUGAUGCCGAGGAUGUUAUCGAGGAUUUCGCUCUCAGGAUUGGGUCCAAAAAGAAGGCUGGUCUUUCCGGUUGCAUCAAAAGAUCCGCCUGCCUCUUGAAAGAUGGAUGGACGCUCCACGAAACACGUUCAAAGAUCGAGGAAAUCUUUGAGAAAAUACUCGACUUGAUCGGACGAUUACAAGUGUAUGGCGUGAAGGGAUUGAGGGAUGGGGAUGGGUCGAGUUCUUUCAUUGCAAAGCAGGAGUUAAGGCGGCCUUAUCCUCAUAUUAUAGAUCAAAAUUAUGUUGAGCGAAAUGAUGGUGACAUAGAGAAAUUGGUUUCAGAACUUGUCGAGGGAACUCAAUUCAAGGUUGUUUCCAUAUGGGGAAUGGGUGGUCUGGGGAAGACCACUCUUGCCAAGAAACUAUAUCAUCACAGCCGAGUUACAAGCCAUUUCGAGCACAGAGCUUUUGUAUUUGUCUCUCAACAAUUCCAAACUAGAAAAGUUUGGAAAGAUAUUAUAUCUGAUUUGGGAGAAUUGGGUGAAAAUGACGGGAAGCUGACCGACGUGGCAUUAGCAAGCAAGUUGUUUAACUUGUUGAAAGAUGAAAAAUGUUUGGUAAUACUGGAUGAUGUUUGGAGCAGCGAGGCUUGGGAUCGCCUCAAACCUGCGUUUCCAGUUGCAAGGGGCAUUCAUAGCAAUAGUAAGAUAUUGCUCACCUCUCGAACAGAAACGAUAGUUUCCCAUGCAGAUGCAGGCGUUUAUUCGUAUGAGUUGCCAAUUUUGAACCCUCAAGAAAGUUGGGAAUUGUUCGAAAAGAUUGCGUUUCCUCCAUCAGAUUCUACAGAUGAUGAUAAGAAAAAGGAGUUGGGAAAAGUAAUGGUUGAACAAUGUGGAGGGUUGCCAUUAGCCAUACUUGUGUUGGGAGGAAUUUUGGCUACAAAAAGCUCAUUGAAUGAAUGGGAUAGAGUGAGUGAAAAUGUUAAAUCAUACUUGAACAGAAGCAAAGUCCAAGGCCAAGGAACCAUGGAAGUGUUAGCAUUAAGCUAUGAUGAUUUACCUGCCCAUUUAAGAUCAUGUUUUCUUUAUUUAAGCCAUUUCCCAGAGGAUUAUCAGAUAGAGGCAGAAAGAUUGAUUCAAUUAUGGGUUGCUGAAGGUAUAGUUUCAUCAACGGAAGAAGGGGACGGGGAGUGGGGAGUCGCAGAAGAUGUGGCAGAGCAUUACUUAACGGAGCUUGCGGAAAGGUGCAUGAUUCAAGUACGAGACAGAGACGUUGUAACCUCAAAGGUCGAAACAAUUCAGAUGCAUGACCUAAUAAGAGACCUUUGCUUGUCAAAAGCAAAAGAAGAGAACUUCGUCUUCAUUGUAGAUGAGUCAAAUGCAUUCUCGUUGUCCACAAUUCGAAAGGUUCGCAGAGUUUCUAUGCACGAGCUCUUUGAGACAAAGUACAUUAGAUGUCCAAAUCUUCGAUCACUUUCCUUCUUUAAUACAAGUGAACUAGAAGAGUUAUAUGAGGUAGAAAUCCCUUCGGCCUGUGUAGAAGGCCCAUUCAGUCGGCUGCAUUGUUUCUGGGAUAUUUUGUCUACAUAUAUUCGUUUUCUAAAAGCUCGGGGAUUUUGGGUACAUAUAUUCAUCAAUUUGAAAUUGCUCAGAGUUCUAAACUAUGAAGGGAGGAAGACAUAUGUGGAUUGCAAGUUAAUCGGUGAUAUCGGGAAUCUCAUUCAUUUAAGAUUCUUGAGUCUAAAAGGACUCAAAUUCACAAAUUCAAAAUUGCCAUCAUCUCUGGGAAACUUAAGAUGCUUGCAAACCUUGGAUUUACGACUGAAUGAAUUUUGUGAUAUCCACGUACCUGACGUGAUAUGGAGGAUGGAGGAACUGAGACAUCUAUAUCUCCCUAUCAUAUGUGAUGACACAACAAAGUUGAGAUUGGAUACUUUGGGAAACCUCCUCACAUUAGUGAACUUCAACACCGAGAAUUGUUAUAUGAAGGAUCUUAGCUACAUGACAAAGCUUAGAGAGUUGCUGAUUCGAGGGGCCUUCAAGAUUGAAGAUUUUAACGAGGAGUUGAAAAUACGAAGUAAACAUCUUCACACCUUGAUUAUUAGCAAUUGGGGAGAAAUGAUAGAUCCAAGAAGUUUGACACACCUCCUCUCAAGCUGCGGUAGCAUUUGUAAGUUGCUAAUGGAUGCGAAGAUAAGAAAGUUGCCAGAGCACCACUACUUGUCUUCAAAUCUCACUUACAUAUACUUGAGACGUUGCAAGCUUCAGGAAGAUCCAAUGCCAACACUAGAGAAGCUGCCUAACUUAAGGUUUCUUGUGUUCGGUGAUGAUUCUUUCAAUGGAGAGCGAAUGUGUUGCUCUGCAAAAGGUUUUCCUAAACUGGAGUCUUUGAGCCUUACUAGUCUUGGGAAGCUGGAGCAGUGGAAGGUGGAUAAAGGAGCCAUGCCUUGUCUUCGACGAUUGAUGAUUGGACCCUGUAGAAAGCUAGAGAUGCUUCCAGAUGAAUUGUGGUUCAUUACAACCCUCCAAGAACUGGAGAUUAGAUCAAUGCCAUUGGAAUUCCACGAUAAAGUGGUGCAAGGAGGACAAGAUUUAGACGGACUCCAAGAUAUUUCGUCAUAUUCAAGGACAUACAAACGGCGAUAUACCACUAACUCGGAGAUGACAAUAGUGAAACAGUUGGGGUCAGACCGGAACAGUGAUGGUGGCAGCGUCAGAGGAAGAUGGAAAGCCAAGAGGCGGCUGGUGGCUGAGCUAUCAGACGGUCUUGAUGGUGCGGCGCUGAGGCAGAGAAGGGGUAACCCUAGCGGGUUUGGGUCGAUUACUGGGCCGCAGAUGACAAUAGUGAAACAGUUGGGGUCAGACCGGAACAGUGAUGGUGGCGGCGUCAGAGGAAGAUGGAAAGCCAAGAGGCGGCUGGUGGCUGAGCUAUCAGACGGUCUUGAUGGUGCGGCGCUGAGGCAGAGAAGGGGUAACCCUAGCGGGUUUGGGUCGAUUGCUGGGCCGCAGGUCUGGGUUGGUAGUUGGGCUUGA